AAGAUACUUUGUAGAGAGAAAUCGAAAAUACUUUUUCUCUCAAAAAAUUACCAAAAUGUUUGUCAAAAGGCGUGUGAUUUGAAUUGUUUAUCAACUAAGCGCGCACGGUGGUAGUGUUGGGGGGUGGUCUGUGCGGAUGGAGGGCUCACGGUGGGAGUGGGUCGAGUGACCGCGGGCGCGGCUCAACUGGGCCCCCGCUGGAGGUAUGCGGUGGCAUGGCGGAGGCUGCGGGCACGUCGCGUGGCCUCCGCGUCUACAAGAUCGUGGUGCUCGGCGACGGGGGGGUCGGCAAGUCCGCGGUCACACUCCAGUUCGUUAGUCACAGCUUCUUGGAUUAUCACGACCCAACUAUAGAGGACUCAUACCAGCAACAGGCAGUGAUUGAUGGAGAACCCGCACUACUGGACAUCUUGGACACAGCUGGACAGGUGGAGUUCACAGCAAUGAGAGAGCAGUACAUGCGAUGCGGUGAAGGCUUCAUGCUGUGCUACUCUGUGACUGACCGGCGGUCCUUCCGUGCGGCUGGCGAAUACAAGCGUUUGCUUGCACAGGCGAGGCCGACCGAGCGAUUGCCGCUGGUUCUUGUUGGCAAUAAGCUCGACCUAGCGCCGAGAUUCCGACAAGUAACAACAGAGGAAGGCAAGUCCUUGGCGACGCAGCUGGGGUGUCCGUUUUUCGAGACGUCGGCGGCGUUGCGACACUUCGUCGACGACGCCUUCCACGGGCUCGUGCGAGAAAUAAGACGCCUGGAGAGACAGAGACAGUCCUCAAUACUAAGCACUACGACCGGAGGAGGCGGCCGUCGUCGCUGGAGACGCCUUCGCAGCAUCUUCGCGCUGGUCUUCCGUCGACGGCGCCGCCAUACGCCAUAAACGUGAACUCUACACAGGUCUCAAUGCCACUUACUUUAAAGCCUAUAUUCGUUUGAACGUCUGACCUUAAUACACAUUUCAAAUCGCAAGAGAAAUCAAACUAUUUAUUAUUGUCUGGUAUUUAAGUUCCAGAGUUUUAAGUCUACAUUCCCGUAUAACCUUCGGGCAACAAAAAUUAUGUUAUAAUAAACAACCCCGAAAAAUAAAAUGGCGAUAUAUUCCCA